AUGUCGUGUUCUAACCCAAACGCGUAUUUAUUGGUUGUCGCACUUCCUAAGAAAAAGCGUGGAUUUGUGUACAAGGAGCCCACUCCUGUCUACAAGCCCUUGUUCCAAUUCGAUUUGAUCAUAUUUCCAACCGAUUUACGUGCUAAAAAAUCCGUUGGAAAGGCACAGUUGAGUUUCUGA